AUGAAGUUUGCCAGUAAAUACAGGGAAUUUGUGAAGGAACAAAAUGAAGAACUACCUGUUGUUCAACUAAAGAAGCUCAAGAAAAUUCUGAAGAAUUGUGAGAUGAAGAACCAAGUCUGUGAUUGCCACUAUCACUGUCCAGAAUGUGAUGAAACUUUCUUCCCUUCCCUGCACAAGGACAUGUUUGAGAUUGUAAAUUACUUCAACAAGGGUGCCCAAAAGUUGCUGGAGUUUCACUUGGCUUCAGGAUUGCAAAAGUAUGUUUUGUUUCUGAAAAACAAAUUGCAGUUCGGAAGCCGCCAGGUCAAUCUGAUAAAAGAUGGGAAUCAUCUUGCGGCCUAUGCCACAGUCAACGCUGUUGCUAUGCAGAAGAUUCUCAAGAAGUAUGACAAGGUUCAUUGCUCUAUGAAAGGACAAGAGUUUAGACUAGAAGCUCAAGCCAAGCAUAUGAAUCUCCUGAAAUCCCCUUAUCUUUUUGAGCUGAUGGCAUUUCAUAUGAAUAACCUAAACGAAAACAAGGAAGAAAGCAAGAAUAAUUAUUUGUUUCCCCUUUUGUCCGAUUGCCUCCUUCAUAUUGAUGGUGAAAAACCAUAUCUUUUAGUAACUCUUUUCGACUCCAUAAGCCUGAAUUUGGAGUUGACUUGUCCAGUUUGCUUGGAAACAGUGUUCGAUCCAGUUUCUCUUUCAUGCAGCCAUGUCUUCUGCUAUAUGUGUGCUUGUUCGGUUGCAUCAGUUACCAUCGUUGAUGGACUAAAGAAUGCUGAUCCUAGAUCCAAAUGUCCUAUCUGCCGUCAAGUAGGGGUCUUUGAAGGUGCUGUGCACUUGGAUGAGUUGAGCAUGCUUCUGAGCCGAAGCUUGCCAGAGUACUGGGGAGAACGGUUUCAAAGAGAAAGAAAAGAGAGAAUUAAACAAGCAAAGGAGCAUUGGGAGUUCCAGUGUCGUGCAUUUAUGGGAUAUCGUUGA